CAUGUUGAUUUCGUUGCAGAAGGCGGACGCAGUAAUCGCAGGCGAAAAGUGUGAUGUUGCGAUAAAGUGUGGUGGGAUGAAAGAUAUUAGUUUCGCACAAAAUACGCCUCCAAAAACCGGACUCGAAAAAAAGCUGCAAGAUCCGUAUCCGCUUCUUGACCGUUUGGUGUGAAAUUUUCGUGUGCACCCGACACCAGAUUAACCGCAUUCGCUCCUCCUUUUUAACCCCGCAAACCCAACGUUGCGCGUGGCGUGCGUGCGUGCUUUCGUGCCAUGCGUACGAACCGAACGUUGGUGUCGUGUCUCGUCCAUCGUUCAUCGACGUCCCCACAAGUGAAAGUCUGCUGCUGCUGCAUUGGAACGAAAACAGUAUUCUCGAUGGACGUUUCGUUUGCCGCGAGCUGAAACUUGACCACAGGCACAGGCGCAAAGAUUUUAGCGCCUCAACAAGUGUGUACGCGGUUUUGUAUUAAAUCAAAACAAUCGCAAAACAGUAGUUCGAGAGCGACAACAGUUGCGCAUUGAUACUAGUUAGAUCUAUCCAGCUGUCCGACCAAUUGGAAGCAUAUCAUCAUUAGCAAACCGUGCCGAGUUGAAUUGUGUAUUAUUAGAACCGCAGUAAAACAUGAGUGAAUUCACGCAAACUGCCACUGUGACGCAGCAGCAAACCGUCGUCCAGCCGUACAUACGGUACGAUCCGGAGUACGUCCGGACCAUACCGGGCAUCGUGAAGAUUGUGUGCAUCGUGCUCAAUCUCAUCGGGUUCAUCUGCAUCGAGUUUUCGUACUUCAGCUACCGACCGCAGGGUUCCUUCUUCAACACGAUCGCAAUGCUGGGAUUUUGGUUUAGCGGCAUCAUGCUCGUCUUCUACCUGUUUCACGUUUGUGAAAAGUUUCACAAAAUCCCUUGGUUAAAAAUAGAACUGUACUUCUGUGCCGCCUGGGCAGCAAUGUACAUGAUAGCGUCCUCGGUGGCGGCCGCCACCAGCAUCGAAGCGUUCCAGGCAGCAGCCUUCUUCGGCUACUGUGCCAUGAUCGGGUACGGUGUGGAUGCAUUUCUUAAGUUCAAAAGUGUCCGUGCAGGUGAAAUCGCACAAGGCGCACGAACCGUCCAUGUACAGCAGCAGCAGCAAACGGUUUCGACGUUAACCGCAUAAGACAAAGCAAACAUCUUAACAAUUGCCCUCUUAAGUCCAUUUUUUGGUACACCCGAUACCGAUAAAGCUGGACUAGGAGGUAAAUUAUUUCAAAACCAAGUGCAAAAGCUUAGCAACACUUAGCCCAGUAUGAAUUUGUGUAGAUUUUAACGUUCUCUUUUACCCGUGUAACGUGUAAACUGUUGUUGUUCGAGUAUGUUUUCCUUUUAUCCGUAAUCAAUACUACGGUCGCGUGUUUUUUUUUCUAUUGUCGUAUUUUAAGAACAAUUCCCACUGUUCGAUUGUUUGUUCAUAAUAGCACGUAAUAAUGUUUAGGAAACGAAGAAACUCCUUUUUAAUCGCCUUUAAACGAAAUGAUUCGAACCACCUCAACCGUAAGCGGAACCGCCUUAUUUACACACGUAGCAAGGAUAGCUUUAUCAUCGCGAAAGCGAACUCGCACGGAAUUCUCGUCUAACCGAAUCUAGCGUUUGUAGUGCGCACAGACUGCACGCGCGUACAAAUUUUUAAUAACUCAAUGAAACUCAUUUUAUGUUGCCAGAGUGUGCAUUGUAUUUUGAUAUUUGUGAAUAGUUGUGUGAUUCGAUGUGCUUACCAAAAACCCGAUCGGAAAGGAUGGAUCAAGAGGUAUUUGCAAAAAUCACGCUGUAGAAAACCAGUUAUUUGCAAAUAAACUUUACACUGAAGUUUACACAGU